AUGGUUCAGAAAGACACGGCGGUGGUGGAGACGUCUCAAGUGGAGACUGUGGCGAGCCCAUGUUCGGGGCCAUCUGAGGCUGGUUCCGAAGCACCUGGCCUCGUGGAAGAACCGAUAAACAUCGGGGUGGAGCUUUCGGUCCGCAGGAAAUUCAUCAGUGGAGUCGUGGAGGGUGAGCAGAACAUAUAACGUUAUUGAUUAAUCAAGUUGAUUUGUUAUAGUUAUUGUCUUUGUUUUUGAUGCAUACAGGAUUGGCAGACUAGUCAGAUGCAGAGAGAGUGGCAGACACAUUUGCCAGUCAGCUAACCAUUACUUUUACAGCUGAGCUUGCUACGUUUUAGAGACUAAUUGUGAUUAUACAGGACAAAGUGUUAGCACUCUGUAUUAUACUAUUAACAAUAUUUCAAGGUCGGUGACCCAUCUGUAGGAAUUAUGAAUGUCAUUAUGUUUAAACCGAUCAGUAUAGUUAAUGGAUUCUGAAAAAGCUUGAUGUAGGGCCCUUGCCUGCAAACCGAACGUUGAAUUGCAUUGAAUUCUACAUCGGGCAGAAAUGAGCGUUUUAUCAGGAAAGUUUCUUCUCACAAGCAUGUCAAUUGCACACACCCUUAAAUCUUGAGACAUCUGUGGCAUUGUGUUGUUUGACAAAACAGCACAUUUGAGUUUACAAACCUUUCAAAGCGCUAGUAGUUACUUCAGAUUUCUAUUUCCUGAAUCAUGUGCACAAGAUAAAAAUGCAUGCAUACUUGCCGAGCUCGUGGUUCUGCGCAUGCUUCAGGUGAACACAUUACCAGCGCUUUGAAAAGUUGAUGUAAUUAUACUUUCCUGUGGAUAUAUUGUCUCACAUUCCUACCACCAAAAGGACCAACGGCACUGUCUUCAUGGCAAACGUGUGGCAGCUGAAUGUACACAGCCAGGGGAAUAGAUAGGGGGGAUGUCUGCAGACCUGAAAUAUUUGCUAUGCGUGUUAAAACUGACUGUUUGAUUACUUUUGUUUGCAACAGGCUUCUACGGCCGGCCAUGGACAAUGGAACAAAGGAAAGAGCUGUUCAGGAGGUAAUAUAAUAGUUGUGUACAGCAGGCUGGCAUAUGGUGUUGACAAGUGCUCUAUCAUAAUGGAAUCAGUGAAUGUACUGUAGUUUUCAAUGAACGUUGUCAAUAUGUUCUGUGAUAAAUAAAGCAAACCAUGUCACACAAAGCCUGUGUUAAUCACAAUAUGUGUUGUGUUCCCCAGACAGCAGAAAUGGGGCUUGAACACAUACCUCUACGCUCCUAAAGAUGACUACAAGCACAGGAUGUUCUGGAGAGAGAUGUACUCAGUAGAAGAAGCAGGUGAGAUUCUCAUCAUGGCCAUGGGUUGAAAUGAUUCCUGUCACAUAUACCUACAUCCAAAAGUGCACAGGUGUUGCUGUUUGUGCUUGUUGCAAUAGAUAUCUGCUCUGAUGAAUGAGCUUGCUCCGAAAUGCGUCAGCAUUAAAGGGAAGGUUGCACAAUAUAUUUCGAUAAAUCUAGCAACUUAGAUUGAUGAUAUUCCAUCUAAACGGUCUUUAUGCAAAAGUUUAUUUAAAAAAUAUUUAUACACUUCUGUUUUCACAAUUUGAAUUACAUUGAUCAAAAACUCAUAUACCAACAAUACAUUGCGGCUUUGGCUUCAUGAAAAUAACUGGUAGUGGCGGAAGUGCACUGUUUACCGGCAUUCAUGUUUGGUCAAAAUGCGAGUUGCUAGAUGGGAAGAAAGUCGUACCUCUUCAGGCAGUCUGGGUCAGGGCUACCAACAGUGGAAGAGUGGAUUCAACAUCGGGCGGCAGGUAGCUUAGUGGGUAAGAGCGUUGUGCCAGUAACCGAAAGGUCGCUGGUUGUAAUCCCCGAGCCGACUAGGUGAAAAAUCUGUCUGUGCCCUUAAGCAUGGCACUUAACCCUAAUUGCUCCUGUAAGUCGCUCUGGAUAAGAGCGUCUGCUAAAUGAUGUAAAUGUAACAUGAAGCUGAUGCUAAGAAACGGUUAUUUGGCCACAGUCAAUGUAGGCUCCAAGUCCACUGACACCACCGGUGUUACUUACAGCACCACGGUGGGCGGUUUCGGGGAUGGUUGUGAAUCGGGUAAGUAGGUACUAAAGUGCCCAAAGAGUUUUGUCAUGUUAUGUUGCUGCUAGUAGAUGAUGAUGAUGAUAAACGAAGAUAGCCAGCUAUCUAUGUGCCAUGCAAAACGAACUGGCCCACUCACACGGAUCUAGCAUGGUGUUUGGGGAUGGAAUAAGCUAGCUAGCUACAACAACAACUCCAACAGAAUACUGCACGUUUUGUAGAAAUUAAUGGUCAAAUACCAAUCAGAUUUAAUGUCAUUGUUUAUUUCAAGUAUGUCUUUAUUUUUGCUGAACUGCCUGAUCUUCAUUGGCCAACAUACACUAUAUACAGUAUACAAAAGUAUGUGGACACCCCUUCAAAUUAGUGGAUUUGGCUAUUUCAGCUGUUAUUGUGAAGUGGAAACGUCUAAGACAGGGGUGUCAAACUCAUUUUAGCUCAGGGGCCACAUGGAGGAAAAUCUAUUCCCAAGUGGGCCGGACCGGAAAAAUCAUGGUAUAUAUACAACUUAAAAACAACAACUUCAGAUUGUUUUCUUUGUUUUAAUACGAUCAACAUACAACAUAAAGCUGGAGCCUGAGGACAGUGUGUCCAAAAUAGUACAAGCACAACAUCACUAUUAAUCAUAAAACACCUCAAGUUAUUUGAAAGUUCUGAGGACAAAGAACACACAAACACACAAUGCCUCAGUGAUUCACAGAAGUACAUCACAGAUCACAGAACUAUAUCAGGGUGUCAUUUCUCAGGCAGAAAUGUAGAUAAAAAUAAUGAAAUCCUGUUCCCCAAAUAAGUGCAAGAACCACAGAGUCAAGAAUAGGUUAAAUAUACAAAUAAAAUCAAUUAAAAACAAUAGCACAUCAACAUAAAAACAUAUAAACAUAAAUCUGAAAGCGUUGCUCAAACUCCCGUAACAGUCCAGUUAUUUUAUCUUUGAACCGCUUCAUGUCUGCCACAUGUUGGGUCGCGCACACAUUUUUCAGACAGGGGAAGUGAGCUGCAUCACCACCGGCAAGUUGCGUCUCCCACAAUGACAGCUUCAACUUGAAAGAACGUAUGCUGUCAUAAUACUGCGUGACAACUUUGUUGCGCCCUUGCAGCUGUUUGUUCAAGUUAUUCAGGUGCUCUGUAACAUCCACCAUAAAUGCAAGGUCCGGCAUCCAUUCUGCGGAAUGAAAUUCUAACACUGGUUUGCCCUUUUCUUCCAUGAACUGUUCAAUUUCUUCUCGUAAAUCAAAGAAACGCCUCAGCACAGCACCUCGGCUUAACCAUUUUACCUCAGUGUGGUAUGGCAGGCCAUAGAUGUGGUCUUUCUCUCUGAGAAGGCUAUCAAACUGACGGUGAUUCAGGCUUCUGGAUCGGAUGAAAUUAACAGUUUGGAUGACCACCUUCAUGACGUUAUCCAUCUUUAAUGACUUGCAACACAAAGCCUCCUGGUGCAAAAUACAGUGUAAAGUCAAAAAAUCACGUCCUCCAUUUGCAGAUUGCACUUUCUCUCUGAACUUUGUCACAACGCCUGCUUUUUUCCCGAUCAUUGAGGGCGAACCAUCUGUAGCCAGGCUGACAGCGCGGGACCAGUCCACUCCGACCCUGUCCAGCGCGCCGACGAGUGCGGUAAAAAUAUCAGCUGCUGUCGUUGUAUCUGUCAUCGGCACCAACUCCACGAACUCCUCGGUGACGGUCAAUGUGUCAUCAACUCCGCCGAUGAAAAAAUGGCCAGUUGUGCAACAUCUGUAAUGUCCGUGCUUUCAUCAAUUGCAACCGAAAACGCAAUAAAUGACUUUACUUUUUGCUUCAACUGGCUGUCCAAAUCCACUGAAAGAUCGGAAAUCCUGUCUGCAACUGUGUUUCUUGUCAGGCUGAUAUUUGCAAAAGCCUGCCGCUUUUCAGGGCACACAAUCUCCGCUGCCUUCAUCAUGCAUGUUUUUACAAAUUCACCCUCACUAAAUGGUUUUGAAGCCACUGCGAUUUCAUUGGCAAUGAGGUAGCUAGCUUUCACUGCAGCGUCACUGAUGUCUCGGCUGUGAGUAAACACAGACUGCUGUUUCUUCAGACCCGCCAACAGUUCAUUCACCUUCUCUCAUCUCCGCUGUCCUUGAAAGUUGUCAUAUUUGUCGGCAUAUAUGACGACUUUCAUAUAUGCGACGAAGGUUAUAUUCUUUCAGCACUGCAACAUGCUCUGAACACACCAAACAUACAGCUUUCCCAUUCAAUUCCGUGAUUAAAUAGGAUGACCAUUUUUCUUGGAACACUCUGCACUCUGCGUCCACUUUUCUCUUUUUUGACAGAGACAUAUUGGGGCAAUGAGGGUGCCAAAGCACAUAAUGUUAAAAGUAGAAGCCGUAAUAAAUAUCGCGGGCAAAACAAAGUAGCUCAUUGGCUGCACGUGCUUGACCUACUUGCUCUGCCCCGGUAUAAACAGUUUGCUUGCUUAACACAAUUGCUAUUGCGCCAUCCAGUGGACGCAAUUGGAACAGCAGUUUAUUUUAUUGAAAAAUUGCAGCGCAUUUUUAUACUUAAAAAAAUUAUAAUUAUAUAUAUAUAUAUAUUUUUUGUUUCAAAAUCAUCUCGCGGGCCGGAUUAAACCCGUUUGCGGGCCUGAUCCGGCCCACGGGCCGUACGUUUGACACCCCUGGUUUAAGAGCAACAAUGGCUCAGCCGCGAAGUGGUAGGCCACACAAGAACGGGACUGCCGAGUGUUAAAGCGCAUAGGACGUAAAAAUCUCUCUGUCCUCGGUUGCCACACACACUACCACGUUCCAAACUGCCUCUGGAAGCAACAUCAGCACAAGAACUGUUCAUCGGGAGCUUAAUGAAAUGGGUUUCCAUGGCCGAGCAGCCGCACACAAGCCUAAGAUCACCAUGUGCAAUGCCAAGCGUCGGCUGGAGUGAUGUAAAGCACGCCGCCAUUGGACUCUGAAGCAGUGGAAACGCGUUCUCUGGAGUGAUGAAUCAAGCUUCACCAUCUGGCAGUCCAACUGACAAAUCUGGGUUUGGCAGAUGCCAGGAGAACGCUACCUGCCCCAAUGCAUAGUGCCAACUGUAAAGUGUGGUGGAGGAAGAAUAAUGGUCUGGGGCUGUUUUUCAUGAUUCAGGCUAGGCCCCUUAGUUCCAGUGAAGGGAAAUCUUAACGCUACAGCAUACAAUUACAUUGUAGAUGAUUCUUUGCUUCCAACUUUGUGGAAACAGUUUUAAGAAGGCCCUUUCCUGUUUCACAAAGCGAGGUCCAUAUAGAAAUGGGUUGUCGAUCGGUGUGAAAGGACUUGACUGGCCUGUACAGAGCCCUGACCUCAACCCCAUCGAACACCUUUGGGAUGAAUUGGAAUGCUGACUACGAGCCAGGCCUAAUCGCCCAACGUCAGUGCCGACCUCACUAAUGCUCGUGGCUGAAUGGAAGCAAGUCACUGCAGGAAUGUUCCAACAUCUAGUGGAAAGCCUUCCCAGGAGAGUAGAGGCUGUUAUAGCAGCAAAUGGGGGACCAACUCCAUAUUAAUGCCCGUGAUUUUGGAAUGAGAUUGUAGACGAGCAGGUGUCCACAUACUUUUCGUCAUGUAGUGUAACUUGCAGGAUAUCAUGGUAGCCUAUGUUUGUGUUAGCCGCACUAAAACCAGGUAUAAUGGCUAGCUAGUAGUAUCACUCAGGUUAGCAUGUGACUAGCUAUAGCUACCAUCGGCCAACAAGAGUUUUAGCCAGUUUGGUUAUAGACGUUCAAUGUCUACUAUGAUGGUAAAGGUUUAUGUAGAUUUUGCCUAACAGUACGAGAAAUGCUGAUGUGCUGAACUCCUAAUAAGUGAUGUUUCAAGGCUGCUAGUGGUUAGCUACUAGGGUUAAUGUAAAUGGGUAGUUAUGCUAAAAGCCUGCGCGCUAUGUAAGUUUUAUAUAUAUAUUUUUUGUUUUGUUUGUUGCUGAUACAGAAUUAAGAAAACACAGGAUAUGGUCAGAUGAUAAGUUGGCUUUAUGCAGAAUAUAUUUUUCUAAAACAAUUGGAGGACUAGGUAUGAUGUGGGUCUUUACUGUUUUAUGUGGACAAUGGCUCCACUCCUGCUGUGUAUUCACUUGGGUGUUCUUCUCUUGACGUCACUUUUCCGAACGCUUUCCAACACGACUUCGGUCAAAUUCAGAUGAAAGAUACAUUUCUCCCAAAAUACAAAUGUAAAGUGAUAUGUCGUUUUGGGACUUUUAGUUGGAAUGAUGAAACAAAUCAGAAUGUUUAACAGCAACCUAAUUCUGAAAUCUUCCCUUUAAUUUUUUAAAAGGGAAUUAAGUUGCCUCCUUGAACCUUCUGAUAGCAUUUCAGUUUUACAUUCCUAGGUCUGAGCACUCUUUCAGCAGUUCAGAACAUAGUUGAAAUAUUAGUUACACUACAACUAUGUAAUAAACCAUGCCUCACAUAUUUCACAUCAAUACUGAGUGUGUGCGAGUGAGUGGAACAUAGAUGUGAAAUAGUAUCUGUAACUAAUGCAUCUCUGUCUCAUAGAACAGCUGAUUACCCUGAUCAGUGCUGCAAAGGAGUAUGGGAUUGAGUUCAUCUAUGCCAUCUCCCCGGGCCUCGACAUCACCUUCUCUAGCCAGAAAGAAGUGUCCACACUCAAAAGGAAACUGGACCAGGUAACACAAACCUGUUUUAAAAAAUGCAAAAAUGCCAGCCAUAUUGGUCAGGGAGAAAUCUAAACCAGUCUAAUUGGAAUGAAUGGCUGUAGAGGCGUAAUCAUGAUUUUACUUACGCAGGAAAAUAAAAGUAAGCCGUGAAAUCAGAAAUGGUGUAAUAUAAUUAUUGUCAACCUAAAAUAUUGUCAUAUAAUUAUCAAUACAGUUUAUACAGGUUUUAUACACAUUUUCUGUAUAAAUUGCCUUUAAAAUAUGUAAACAGACCAUAAAUGUCUAUUUGUGUGUUCUUGGAAAGCUGUGAGUGCUUUUAUAUGAUACAAUAUCAGUACUUGUUGCAUUUACAACUUGUCUAAGUCCUAUCAACUGAUUUCAGCCAGUGUAUGGCUGUGAAUUGACUGCAUUGUUUGAAUGGAAUGUUGGCAGUUAAUUAGAAAAAUGUAUGGAGUCAUUCCUCAAACUGUCUGGUUUGCUAGCUAACAAACAUACAGUGCAGAUAAAUUCAUUAUUUUACGCUAUCUAAUCACAGCACUGGCAAACCAUGGUUGACCCACUCCCUGACCAAAAAUGGCUGACCUUUAUAUCAUCAUAAGGUUCAUGUCCAUUCUUGUAUUCUAAUUCCUAAUUCUAUGGCCUCUACAUCCUUGACUGUCUGCACUCACACAUUUACCGGCGUCUUAACACAUCGUCUCAUAAUUAAUACUCUCCCUCAGGUCACUCACUUUGGCUGCAAGUCAUUUGCCUUACUGUUUGAUGACAUUGACCACAACAUGUGCCCCGCCGACAAGGAAGUGUUCAGCUCCUUCGCCCAUGCCCAGGUGUCCAUCACCAACGAGAUCUUUCAGUACCUGGGAGAGCCUGAGACCUUUCUCUUCUGCCCCACAGGUAACACGCAUACAUACACUCACACAAAAUGUUUUGCAAUCGAAAACUUGGACAAGUUUAUAAGUAUCUCCCGGUUUCACUCCUUUUCGGGAUGGCUUCUUCGGUUUCGUGCCUACUGAACACGACCCUGGAUAACCUGUAUCUGUGCAUCGAUGUGCCCUGUAUUUAUGUAUGUAACUCAAAUUUGGGCUGGAUUCAUAGUUUCUUUGUGUCUCCCUAAACCAGAGUACUGUGGAACGUUCUGCUACCCCAAUGUGGCCCAGUCCCCCUACCUGCACACAGUGGGAGAGAAGCUGCUGCCUGGUAUUGAAGUGCUGUGGACAGGUACAGUAGAUCCGAACAAGUUCAUAUCCCACAUGUUUUGGCACUCAUUAGAUUAACCUUAAACACUAACAGACCUUGUAACAUAUCUUAUAAUAUACAUUAUAACUUUUAUGACUCCUACAUCUGUGACAUUAUGUUUCCAGGUCCUAAGGUGGUAUCGAAAGACAUCACAGUGGAAUCCAUAGAGGAGGUCUCUAAAAUCCUGAAGAGAGCUCCGGUAAUCUGGGACAACAUCCAUGCCAACGACUACGACCAGAAGCGUCUGUUCCUGGGUCCGUACAAGGGGCGCUCCACGGAGCUCAUCCCCCGCCUAAAGGGGGUUCUCACCAACCCCAACUGUGAGUUCGAGUCCAACUUCGUGGCCAUCCACACCCUGGCCACCUGGUACAAGUCCAACAUGAACGGAGUGCGCAAGGAUGUCGCCAUGAGUAAGUCUGACUUAGACUUUCGUUUUAUUCCCAAAAUGGAAUUCAUUUGUCAUUUCUGGCACUUUCAGGUACAGUGAAAUUACACCUAACAUCAUCGUCAUGUGUAAGUCUGACUGGGAUGGACUUUAUUUAUUUAUUCACUUUAUUAGAUGUAUUUUUCAGGGACAUUAUGUUCUGCAAUUUGCCAUAUUUAGCCUAAAAGGCACAUUUCUUAAAGCAGGGUUGUACAGUUUUGGUCCUGGUUUUUAUCGUUGUCCUGAACUGGAUUAUUAUUACCAAUUUAAUGACAAAAAUUGAUAAAUGAAGCUCCACAGAGAAACCAAGAGCAGUAGGACAGGACUAACCCUUGUAGACACCCCUGUCUUAAAGGCUGAGGGUCUUUAGCAGUGUUAUGCAUUGUUAAUCCAUGUGUGAAUUCCUCAGGUUAUCGUGUUGGAGACACGUGUCUAUUUGGAGGCCCAGUGAAUGUUUGUUUUGGUAUUUAUAGAGUAGAGUAUGGUCACUGACAGUGUCACGCGAGGUACACAAAAUGGCUUUCCCCAAGUCUCACGUCUAGGUUUUUAGAAUGACACAAAAAUAUUAUAUGAUCUCGAAAGAGGACAGUAUUCUGUCCAUUCAGAUUACAUGGCUUUCAGUUCAAUCCAGCCACAUUAGUGAUUUCUCCAAUAGAGGAAGGAGGCACUUUCACAGUAUUCAAACAGGCCUGUACAUUACACCUUGUAAUGGAAUCUGUAUCGAUCCCCCUCCUUCCUUCCCCUUCUCGCCCUUCCUCCCUCUCUCUCCAUCCUCCUCUAUCCCUCUCUCAGCGGAUGGAGAGGACAGUACCUUGUCUAUCCAGAUCAAGCUGGAGAAUGAGGGCAGUGAUGAGGAGUUGGAGACAGACAUGUUGUACAGCCCUCAGCUGGCCCUGAAACUGGCCCUCACAGAGUGGCUGGGGGAGUUUUUGGUGCCUCACCAGUACAACAGUAAGCACUGUGACUUACCCUAUCAUCUCUCAUAUAACACCAGUGUAUGUGUUUCUGUUUCCUUACUUCAUACUGUAUCAUUUGGAGCAAUGGUAAAUGUGUCUCAAAAAUCCACCACUGGAUUUAAACACUUCUCACUCAUGCAUUAAAGCUAGCCAUGAUAUUUUUUUAAAUAGUGUGUUUAUUUGUUAUUAAAGCCUUUUUAUAUCUUUGUCUUGUAUGUUGACAUUGUCUCUGUUCUUGUCUCCUCUCCAGGUCGCCAGGUACCCCACAGCGGAGCUAAGGGUUCAGCUAUUGACGUAUCAUCACAAGGCGCCUCCUCCCUCUGCUCUGGUACUACAGUCACUACAGUGUUCCAACAGCCCAUCAUGGCCCCCACAGGUGCCCCCGACCCCAACAACCACCCCAUGGCCAAGAGUCUACAUCAACAAGAGGUGGAGGAGGUAGUUACUGAUUUAACUUAGAUCAUUUUUUGAUAUUAGAUAGGGUAGAACAUAAAGUAUGCAAUGCACAUCCAAUGGCUUUGAGUUUGUUUUCUCUUACUUGUCUGUGUUGUCACUCAACUCUCACAUUAGUUUACAUAUGACAAAAAAAACUGAUUUCAUUACAACUGAUUGACGCUAAACACGCAAUCGAAAGAGAAAAUCCCCAUGGGAUCACCAAGAUAGUGAGGCGAUAACUUGUUUUCUAAACGUUUCUGUUGUUCAGCUGGCUGUUGAGAAGGAGUGUGACGAAGAGCCCAUGGAGAUGGUUGUGGAGAAACUAGAUGAGACGGGCCCAGAACCAGACCCUGUAGCAGAGGCUGAAACUGAGACCAAGAACAGCCUGGUCCUUUUAGACAACAUGGUGGAGGAGCUGAAGCCCAUGGACACAGACAGGGAGGUCCUAGUUCCAGAGUCCAGGUCUCUAGAGGAGGAC